UCGUCAAUUUACUAUCAACGGUUGAUUACGACAAACGGAUUUUUAGUUUUAAUUAUAUGUGAUAGUGAAAUGGGGGACAAAGUGAGGAAAAAGCCACCAUUUUUUACUUUGAAGAGAUGGAACAGUCAGAAACAAAACGAGGAACACAAUGGACGCACACCUACGCCACAGAUACAAAAUUCAACGCAAUUUUUCAAACCAAACCCCUCACAAACACGUACGCCCAGUACUCCCGCAAUGGAUGCAAAACCUAGAAAAAUAUCAGCAGGAGGGAUCAAGGAGUUAGUACAAUGUCCGCUUUGCUUAGAAGUGCUGCACAACCCAAAGAUGUUGCCGUGCCAGCAUACAUUUUGUCAGGCCUGUCUCACUGCGUAUGUAGAUGCGGAACCGGUAAUCGACUGUCCGAUAUGUUGCACGAAAAUCCAAGUGCAAGGAACAAAUUUCACUGCUGAUGUCACCACCUGCGAACAUUGCAAAUUGAAAUUCUGCAAACUAUGCUGGUCUCAACAUAUGGAGGAUAUGCGGGUUCAGAUAGGCUCCAUCUUGAAGCAACUUGAUUCUGCCGCUAAUAGACUUGAACAUAAGAUUGAAUAUUACAAGGAUCGUUGCGAGCGUAUCAUGGAACAAAUAAAUAUUGUAACUGAGGAAAAAAUUAAUGCAAUACUUGAAGCUAAAGAGAAUUUACUGCAAGUAGCUGGCGAGCUGACGAAGGCUGGAGACAUGUCCGCACUCGCACUGCAAUCCUCUUUGCAAGAAGCGAAGGAAGUCGCCACUAAGGCUAUGACUGCUAACGAGCCAGUUGACGACAAUGAUAAGGUGACAACAUUUAUAAACCUCCAUCAAAACGCACUGCAACUGCUGACGGAGGUAUCUAAAUGGGGCGUAAGUCGGUUUGUGUUCGACAAGGAGAACCUGUGUAUAGAGUGUGAUGCCGCGACGCCGCUCGACGCCGAGUCUGAUGACCCUCUGCCACAAGACGACAGGCACAACAACCCACUGGAAAGCGAAGACACUUUGAUACUUUAUUACAGGUGUCGCAACUUCACGCCGCACUCUGUGUGGCGGCGCAGCGCGCGGCCGUGCGGCGUGGGCGUGGCGCCGUGGAGCGAGCUGCUGUACGUGUGCGGCGCCGACAGCCGCAGCGUGCUGGUGGUGGAGCGCGCGCAGCCCCGCGCCGUCGCGCGCCUCGCCGCAGACGACAUGCUGUGUCCUGUGCACAUCGCCUUCCUCAAGAACUUGGGCGAGAUAUACGUCACAGAUAAAUGGAAGCACUGUAUCCACGUGUUCUCCAAGGAGGGCGAGCAUUUACGGUCGUUAGGCCUACCGGACAAUCGACCCAAUGGGGAAAUAUAUCUUUAUACCAAUCGGCCCAACAGGAAGUUCUCGCUUAAAUCACGCUUUUUUCAUAUUUCAAAUGUGAGUUUUCAAAUAUAUUAUUUCCAGAUUCUCCAACCUGACGGUAAAUUUGUCGAUCAGAUAGGUGUAGCUACAAAACAGCAAUCAUCUAAUACCGCUAGCGUUUGGGACACUAAGGAACGAGUGAUAAUACUUGACAGCGGUAACCGACGAGUUAAAAUAUACAAUAAACAGGAUAAAAGCAAAAUAUUGGAAUUCGGUUCUUUAGGACAAAGGAAAGGACAAUUCAGACAACCCGAAGUCCUAGCUGUUGACCCUUUAGGUUUCAUUCUGGUUGGAGAUUCUGGUAAUUGUAGAGUACAAGUAUUCAAACCCAACGGUCAAUUGGUCCGGGUUUUCGGCAGAUUGGGAACCGAAGCUGGUAAAUUUGGAUGGAUAUCAGGUAUCCAUGUUACUAAACAACUGGAUAUAAUCGUCAGUGAUACUAAAAAUCAUAGCGUAAAUUUCUUUUAAAUAAAACGACAAUGUAACGUUAUUUUUAUUAAAUAAAAUGUUAUUCGAAAACAAAACACA